UGUUUCGUUUUAGUUUUUCUUCCCUCAGAUUUAUUAUCAGAUUACCAGACAUUCAGCUUUGACUGUACUUAUUUAGGACUAAUUAGCAAGUGUUGACACAAUUAUCUGGAAAUAAAUAUUACAAGCGAAUAUUUUGCUCAUUUAGAAUAUGCGACAAACAUUUUGACGCGUUGAGAAGUUUAACUCGUUUUAUGAUUAUAUUGAGAUCAGCGUACUAAUCUUUUUAAUGUGGUUAAAUUAAAACAAAAACUCUCUGCUUCCAAUUUUUUAGAUUAAACAUCUGUAAAUAUUUGUAAAUGAUGGAAGCGAUUGCAUUCUGCCUAUAAAUGAAUCUUAUUUUUUGCCCUCUCUAAGUAGCUUACAGCCUUUCCUCUCUCUUACAAAUGUACUGGCCUCCAAUUAAGCCCUUAUCCCUCUCCCCCCCUUCUCUGCCCGCUGACUCCGGGCCGUCCCUUUCCCCUGCUGCUCGUUCCUCGCGCUCGCCGCAGGUGCAUCCGUCUUGCUUUAAGGGACUCGCUCAUCUCCGCUGCGACGCAGAGCAUGCCGAUCGCCGUGUUAUUCGCUUGACCCAGAGGUGGGUGAGUUGCCAUGGAGACGCCAGGUGGAGCCCCGAGUCGUGUGGGAGCCCAGGUGGGGCUGAGUGUCAUGGUCGCCCUGCUCAUCUGCAGGUCGACUGGGUUAGUCUGUUACACUGCAGUGGAAUCACUGGACUUAGGCUGCCUCCUGCAGUGGGAUUGUCCCAGUGCCAGUCCUAAUACCACCUACACAGUCCAGACAAAGACACAGGGGGACCCGUGGCAGGACGUGGCAUGGUGUGUGUGGACGUCCUCUCGCACCUGUGACGUUUCCCAGGCCUUCUCCAACUUCGAGCUGUACAACAUGAUUCGCCUUGGCGUCCACCUCAGCCCCGUCGCCACAGUCUGGACGGAGCCGCGCAAGUUUGACUACAGUGAUUUCACCUUCAGCCCCCCCUCUGUCUCCGUCUCCCUGAAGGACGACCUGCGGCUGCUGGUGAGGGUGCAGUUCCCAUGUGCUGCCAGCAGGAGGUGCUCCAUGCAGCGGUGCUGUCCCAUCUCUCUAAUGAUUGACCCCUGGACAACGGUGACCAUGUACAACACCCUGGAACCCUCGGAACACCAGACUCGGACGGUUUGGACCCAAGAGGUGGCGUCCGACGUGGAGUUCUCUGGUUUGUCUCCGGGUCAAACGUACUGUGUGGAGGCGAACUUCUCCUUCCCCACCUUCUCCAUGGCUGCCUCCCCCAAAUCUGCCCCUCAGUGCGUCCAGACGCUCUCCAAAUCAGGCCUGAUGCCUGGCUUGUGUCUGGGAAUCGGCCUCACUUCUUUGCUCCUCGCUCCGCUUCUCAUGGCGUUUGUGAAAAAAACAAGGCGACCUGCGCGAACAGCUGAAAAUCCCCCCAAGACCCCGGCGCCUGUACAUGAUCCAGUCUCUUUGGUCCCGGUGUCGCUGGUCCCCGUCGACCCUUGUGACAUCCACGUGGAAUUUGCUGACGACCGCGUCUCCACUGAGUCGUCCUCCAGCCUUCCCUCCAACCAGGAACAGGCUGUCACCUGUGGGGAGAUGGAGCGAGGCCGGGACUCUGGCAUCAGCAUCCCACCCGUGUCUCUGUCCUUUCAGACAAUGGACCAAUAGAGCAAAAGACUGGGGCAUCUUAACGAGAGCACUGGUUUUAUAAAGAAGACGACCUCGAACCCUGGCCUGAGCACAUAGAAAUGUGCGUGUGGGUUCAAACACACCAACACAUUCCUGUGUGCGAGCCGCCACCAGUGGAGCAGAGACCGUUUAUCCCCCACGUCCACCGAGCCCCGCGCUGUUUUUCUGUGUGUUUACGUGUGCGCACAGACUCUAAAUCUGGCUGCGGUUCCAGGCCGGGUCCAAACUAUGAAGUUCACACAGAGGAAUUAGGGAAACUUCGGACCCCCCUCUGAUAACACAGGGCUCCUCUGUGUAUCGGCCGCUGCUCUGACUCACAGUUGCCCCUUGGCAGCGCCGCUGCCUCCUCACCGUGACUGACACCUCGUUCUUCCUCCCCGUGAAAACAAGGAACAUCUUGACAUCUUCUGCCUCCUGUUUUUGCUGGUGUUGCAUUCUUUCCGCCUUUGUGGGUUUGGCUGUGCAGCAUUGUUUGUUUUCUCCUUCUACCUUUUCCAGAGUCCACAGACGCAGGCCAACAGCCCCACCACUGCUGUGGUGAUGACUCACGUAUGAAGCAAAGCGCUGGCUGCUGUAGGUGAGCGCCUGAUUACACAGAAGCACAACGUGCACGUCGGCUUCUCAUCCUCCAGUGAGGAGGAUUUAACCCCAUCUGUUUCUAGCUCACUCCUGUCUUCUCCUGUUUGUUAUUGUGAUCUUCUGUAAAAUCAUUCUGAUGUUGUAUUUACACUCACUAACUUGGUUUUCAUCGCUGCUGCCGUCUCAUUAAAUCGAGUUGGAAAUGGAAGGAAGACUGAACUGUGUUCACACUGUCUGCAUCAGUAUAAGUUCAUGUAGUAUAAACAUCCAUCUCCUGACAUCAGAGGAAGUGGCUUUAUUUUACUAUGGUCUCCAUGUGCAGGUUUCAGUUUCACACUUUAUUCACUGUAGUAUUAGACCUUCAUUUUUAAGGAGGUGUACUAAUAAAUUGUCAAGUUAUUUUAGGCAGAUGUCACAUGACUGAGUUUCUCAGAAUCUUUGGUCCUCAGCUAUAACAGAUGUCUCCCAUCUUAAUGUGAGGAAACAAAUGUCGUGGAGCCGAUUGGACUCCUUUGUUCCUAUUUUAGACCGUAUCUGAAUGUGUUCACGUUAAACCGGAACGGUUUCUUCGUCAGGUCUUUGUCUGGCAGGAAAUGCUUAGUCACCGGUUCUGACUCAUCUCCCUCUAGGGCUGGAUGCGUUUCUACCCCCAGCGUUCACUGGAUGACCACAGAUGGUCAGCGAUGCUCAAUUAAGAACCAUGCUGUGCACCAUGAACGCUGCAUGGCAGCACUUUUGUGGGCUACGCUAACCAAAACACACACUGCUCUGAAAAUAUGUGAAUUUAAAAAACACAAGCGUCCACUUCAUUUAGUU